AUGGCACCACGCUGUUUCAUCGUGCGCCACGGCGAAACCGAGUGGUCCCUGAACGGGCGCCACACCGGCUCAACCGACCUCCCCCUCACAGCGAACGGCGAGAAGCGCAUCAAAGCCACCGGCAAAGCCCUAGUCGGCAACGACCGGUUAAUCGUGCCCAAGAACCUAGUCCACGUCUUUGUUUCCCCGCGCACCCGCGCCCAGCGUACCCUCGAGCUACUCGAAAUCGGCUGCCGCGAGCGAUACCCGUGGACCGAGGCGCGUAAGCGUGAGGAGGAAGAGCCAAUUCGGACUGAGGCACAGGUCCAGAUUACGGAGGCGAUUCGGGAGUGGGAUUAUGGGGACUACGAGGGGUUGACGAGUGCACAGAUUCGGUCUAUUAGGGCGGAGAAGGGGGAGGGGCCGUGGAAUAUCUGGACAGAUGGGUGUCCGGGGGGAGAGUCCCCCGAAGACGUCGUCCGCCGCCUUGAUGCCCUGAUCGCUGAGAUCAAAGAGAAAUACCACCGCCCUUGCUUCGAGCACCCGGACUCGCCGAAAGGCGACGUCCUCGUUGUUGCGCACGGGCACAUCCUCCGCGCGUUCGCCAUGCGCUGGGCUAGCAAGCCUUUGGAACAGACCACGCUGAUUCUGGAAGCCGGUGGUGUGGGGACACUGAGCUAUGAGCACCACAAUAUCGACGAACCAGCGGUCAUCCUCGGAGGCCAGUUCGUUGUCGAGUAA